UAGCGACUAGGAAGGACGAGGGAAGGGGUCCGCCGCGCUUGGGGAAGGGCACCGCGCUCCUCCUCCUCUUCCUCUUCCUCCUCCCUCUGGAAACUCCGGGCGGCCGCACGUGUAGCCCAAAGCAAGCUCCUCCCCUCCCCGCCCCCUCCCGGGAGCGGCCACCCGGCUGCCAUCCAUCCACCCGCCGAGAUGGCUCUCGACCCCGCAGAACAGCAUCUCAGACAUGUUGAAAAAGAUGUUUUGAUCCCUAAAAUAAUGAGAGAGAAGGCCCGAGAGAGAUGUUCUGAACAAGUUCAAGAUUUUACCAAGUGUUGCAAGGCCUCUGGAGUGCUAAUGGUAGUCAAAUGCCGUAAAGAAAAUUCUGCACUGAAAGAAUGUCUAACUGCUUACUAUAAGGAUCCAGCCUUUUAUGAAGAAUGUAAGCUGGAAUACCUGAAGGAAAGGGAAGAAUUCAGAAAAACUGGAAUUCCUACCAAGAAAAGACUACAGAAGCUUCCCACGAGCAUGUAGGCAAAUGUGCAUGUGCUACUCAGGAGCCCUAACAGUCAUGGAGACCAGUCACCCGAAAAGUCGGACUCAAGAAAGGGUGUUUGCUUUAUCCUAAAUUAUGGAAAUACUAAAUUUUAUCUAUAAUAAAGAUUUGUAAAAAUUGCAACUUAAGCUUAUUAAAUGGAAUAGGAGUAAAUACCGAAAUGGGAUAUGGCUGCCUAGUCAUGGUUUUUGUAUAUUUUGCUCCCUACAACUGCAGUUUUUAACUGUGCUAGUGAGUUUUUAGGGUUCCAUAUGGGUCGUAUUCUUGUCUAAUAUAUAGACUAAUGGCUAAUCGUGAGAACCAGAAGUAGCUAACAGAGAAAGCAAGAAUAUGCAACUUUUAAAGGUGUUAAUAAUUAGGCAGUAUAACAUUAUAGUUAUGAGCCAGAAUCCUUAUGCCACUUAUUGAGCAUACAUGCUACUGUAGAAGUAAAUCUCUACAGAUGCUGUGAGGAAUUGGCAGACUGAUUGGUGUGCAUUGGAAAUGCCUCUGACUUGCGGGAUCUAGCUCUUGUUGUACUAUUAGUAGUAAAAGUCUAUUUGGAAACGUAUUAUUCAUCAAUUAUUUUAUUGAAAUCUUUAAUGGGAUUUUGUGUUCAAUAGAAAA